AUGCAAGUUAUAUGUACUAAAAAUUCUCUGUCUGCUCCAACACGUAGAUUACAAAAGAGAAGAAUAGAGACAUAUCGACGUCGUCAAUCCGAAUGUGUGCCACGUUUUGACCAGUCGUUCAGCGGCGCAUGCGAGCAGCAGAACUUGGAGACCAGCGCCCUACAGAAGCGCUUCCUUGAAGGCAAGGCUAAGAGACAGGCGAAGAAGACCGAGCGUAAACCCGACUUGCCCGCCAUCAGUAGCAACCUGCACAGCAGCGUGCAUGUGAGCUGUCAACAAAAAUUCGGGUGUGGGGACUACGAGCCACCCGCCAAGUUGCAAUGCAGCGGAGCUGGCGGCGGCGGCACGGGCGAAGGCCUCACCAAGUUCUCCGUGGAAAUAGUGCAACAACUUGAAUUCACCACAUCCGCUGCAGACUCACAACCCCAGCAAAUUUCCACCAAUGUGACAGUAAAAGCCCUCGCGAACGCCGUAAAAACCUCGGGAUCUCCACCGCCUCCGCAGCCCCCUCGUGUUCCAUCGCCUCUAGACUGCGAACGGGAAUGUAAAGCUGAAUGCAAGUCCGAAGUAGCUGACGAUGAAUUUGUCGGCUUGGACGAAUGUGCAGCGGCCUUGGAGCGAGAUGCCGCAUCCGCUUUCCCCGGCCUAGCCGAUCUAAUCGGAGAAGAAGACGGUGAUGACACGUUCGAAGAUCUUAUUACGGAAAUUUCCGAGUAUCCGGAGUUCAUGAAAGACUUUGAUCUUGACGCGGGAAAAUUGAACGGUGGAGGUGGUUUAGCCGGUGGUUUAGAGCCGAAUGAGGGGGAUACUGCGAGGCCAUACAGCGGUGGUGAGAUGUCCCCGGCUGCUCAGACUUUGAAGCAUAUGGCGGAGCAACACCAGCAGGCGACUGGUGGAGAUUGGGCGAGGUAUCGAGGAUACAGCGGGUAUCGACCUCGUCCCAAUCCGCCCUCUAUGGACCAUUUGCACAUGUCCCAACAACAGCAGUUACAUCUCACGCAACCUCAUCACAACCUCCAGGUGUCGGCAGCCCAGCAUAUGCAGGUUAGCGGAGCGGGCACGGGCGGGCACGUGUCGGUCGCCGCACAGCAGGGCAUGUACGCGAGCUUUCAACAUCAGGGAACGCCAUCGCCUCAGCACCAUCAAGGUAGCGGGUGCGACACCUACUCCGUUUCCCAGUCGCAAAGCCUUAACUUCUCGCAAGCGAUGCGCAAUAGAUCCACCGGCCAGACGCAGCAACAGCAGCCCGCUGGACCCGGCCAACAGCCUCUUGGCGUGACGGCCGCGAGCAUAUCGCGCGAGCAGCAGGCGAAGAUGCUCCAGCAGCAGCAGCAGCAGAUGUUGCGCGCGCAGCAGCAGCAGAUGCGGCCGCCGCCGCCCGAGUACAAGGCGCGCUUCAACGCGGCACCCGCGGCCGCGGCCGCGCGCCGGCCGCCCGCGCCGCGUGCAUACGCGCCGCACGCUCCGCACGCACAGCACGCGCAGCAUGCACAGCACGCCCAGCACACACGCCAGUACGCGCCCGACUGGCGACACGUGCUCAUGCAGCAGCCGCGCCAGCAGUUCCCCCACCACCACCAAGGUUUUAGCAUGGGUGGGAUGGGUGGCAUGGGUGGCGGUAUAACGCAGCAGCAACAGCAACAGAUGCAACUGCAACAGGCGCGCCUGCAGCAACAUCAGCUGCUGCAACACCAGCAACAGCAGCAACACCAGCAACAGAGGACAUCGAACCAGCAGCAGUCACCGAUGUCACAUCUCAUAAUGCAACAGAACCAAAUGAUGAGUGUGCAAGGACAGAUACAGAAUAUUCACAUGAGCCAAUCGCAAAGCAUGUCAAUGCAACAGGCUGGAAUGGGUGGCAUGGGCGGAACGCAUCAAAGCAGUCCCAUGCAAGGCAGCCCCAUGCAAGGCAGUCCCAUGCAAGGACAAACAGGACCGAUGCAUGCACAAAGUAAUCCUAUGCAACAACAGAAUUCUAUGAUGUCACAGAACGGUCCAAUGCAGACUCAGAACAGCAAUAAUGCAGCACAGCAUUCCUUCCCUUCGCUUCACAGUACGUCUUCCUUUACGGGACAAACGACAGACUUCAACUUUGACUUCCUUGAUAACAUGCCUUCCACAGACGCCAGUAACCUUACUGCUCAGGAGUUGUUAAACUCUUUAGACAAUUCUUUCUUAAAUGAUAUACUGUAA